AGCCGCCGACACGUGUGAGCGCCAGGAGCCGGGAAGUGUGUGACAGAGCCAGGCGAGGCUGUCCUCCGUGGCGCGUCAGCCUCCACGCACACACACAGGCGCGCACACGUACACACACACUCACACACACACACACACACAAGGGGGAAGAUAGAAGAGAGGAGAAGCGUCGACAUGAGCGGACACUUUGAGGAAGACGUCCACGGAAGGACGGAGAGGAAGGGCAGUAAAUCUCCCACCCUGCUGUCCUCCUACUGCAUUGACAGCAUUCUGGGCCGCCGGAGCCCCUGCAAGGUGCGGCUCAUUGGAGCCCAAAGUUUGGCGGCGCUGCCCGGCAGAGGGGAGCUCGACAAGGCGGCUCAGGGGCCCACCAAAGAGUCGCUAUCCCUGGGGGCUGACAUGCACCUGCCCCCGAAGCUCCGCCGCCUCUACGGCCCUGGAGGAAAGUACCUCCAGGAGCAGGCGGACAAGCUGGAGCGAGAGCGGCUCCUCCUGGAAGGAGCCGCCGACAGCCUAAAGAUCAUCCAGGCCCCGCAGGUGAGCAUCAGCCGCAGCAAGUCCUACAGGGAGAACGCGUCGCUGAGCCGGCCUGAAAGCGAACGGAGCCCCGCGGGGGCUUCGGAGGACACCGAAAGCAGCGGCGGCGGCGGCGGCGGGGGCGGCCUGGUGGAGCUCGGCCCGUUGAAGUUCGAAGAGGACGCAGUGAAAGAGGAAGAGAGCUGCGGGGACGCGACGGCUCUGUCCCCGAAAGACGAGGAGAGGGAGAGCUUGAACGCCGGGGACGGGGACGUGAGGGACGGGGAGGACAGCGUGUGUCUGUCCGCGGGCAGCGACUCGGAGGAAGGCAUGAUGAAGCGGAAGCAGAGACGAUACAGGACUACCUUCACCAGUUACCAGCUGGAGGAGCUGGAGAGGGCUUUCCAGAAGACGCACUACCCUGACGUCUUCACCAGGGAAGAACUCGCCAUGCGUUUGGAUCUGACCGAAGCCAGGGUGCAAGUGUGGUUCCAGAACCGUAGAGCCAAGUGGAGGAAGCGUGAAAAGGCGGGCGUUCAGGCCCAUCCGCCGGGUCUCCCAUUCCCGGGCCCUCUGGCGGCCGGUCAUGCACUCAGCCACUACUUGGAAGGAGCCCCGUUCCCGCCUCACCCGCAUCCCGCUUUGGAGUCGGCGUGGACGGCCGCAGCGGCCGCCGCCGCCGCUUUCCCGGGUCUCGCUCCAGGUCACCAUAACGGCUCGGCGCCGCCGCUUGCUACCCCGCUCGGGUUGGGGACCUUCCUUGGCACGGCGGCUAUGUUUCGACACCCGGCUUUUAUCGGGCCCACUUUUGGCAGGCUCUUCUCCAGUAUGGGCCCUCUGACCAGUGCUUCCACCGCCGCCGCCGCCGCGCUCCUGAGGCAACCCGCCCCCCCUGUAGACAGCUCCCACGCGGGCCCCGUCCUCCCGGACCCGUCCCCUGCUUCCGCUCCUUCAGUUUCAUCAGCCGCGGCAGACCGCCGGGCCUCCAGUAUCGCCGCCUUGCGCCUCAAGGCCAAGGAACACUCGGCCCAGAUCACCCAGCUCAAUAUCCUGCCCCCCGGCGCCACGGGGAAGGAGGUGUGCUGAACGCAUCUAGAAGCCUCUUUCACCCCCCCGCCCCCACUCCAAAAAAAAAAAAGGCCCAGUUGACCCCCCCAACAAAGUAGCACACAGUGAUAAAUUAUUUGGUUCACAUUCUAAUGUGAGCCAAUACAAGACCUCCAUCAAAAAACUGCAGUUUUCAAAAAUAACUGAUUUUUAGUGUUUGUUGUUUGUGGGUGGGGGCGUUAAAGUGCACCACGUCAUUUUUGAGAUAUGUCUCUAAUAUUCGUCCCCUUUUAUGAAGCUAAAUAAAGUAAUCAAAACAUUAAAAACACCCCUGAAGUGCACUUUUAUUGUAGUAGUAAACAUCGGUAAAUUCUACAUUUUUUUGAUAGAGGUCUUGAACUGGAUGUAGAAACAAAUAUAAAACCACCCCCUUUAUUAAUAUUUGAAAACACAUCAUUGUGGCAUAUUAACGGUAUAAAUCUAAACAUCCCGAAUAUAAGACAACAUGUCUAUUUCAGACUUUUUUCGAGGGGGAAAAAUAUACUUUCUAAGAUGUACUAGAUUCACUUUACAAUGUUCCGAAAAUGUGUGAUGGUAUAUUUAAAGGGGGGGUAUCCCGUGCCUGCCUGCCUGCCUGCCACCCACCCAGAACCAAAGGAAACCGGUCCACAGACCUGACUUAAGUCUUCUCUCCAAGCACGCCCCCCCUCAACCACGAGUGGCGUGCUUUCUAAAGACUGUGUGAAAGAAAGCUGUACAUAAUAUGUAAAGCGGGACGACACGACAACAAGUCAUCAUUUUCCAAGCUUGUGUAUAAUAUUUCAGGAGUUUUGAUCAUUUGCACUCGGUGUAGUGUGUGAAGAAUGUGGAUCCUGUGUAGAAAUCUACUUGUGUUUUAUGAAUUAUUCGAUUUUUAGAUCAUUAUUUAUGUCCGUGCUAUAUGAGAACUGAAUGGACGCUUUUUAAUGAAAGUCAAAACGAGUUCUUUUCGGCAUUCAGGACACGUGAGAUAUUUUAGAAGUAUGAAUAAAAAAGUGCUACGA